AUGUCUUGCCCCAUAUCGGCCGAGGACGCCGCCACCGGCCGGAAGCGCACCUCGACGGCCUGCGAAGCCUGUCGCGUCGCCAAGACUCGCUGUCUGCCGAGCGACGAGGCAGGCUCUACUAACUUGGGUUCGCCCCCUUCAACAGGUGUCUCGUCUCCAAGAAGGAAUGCGUCUCCCGGACGGGCCCUCGGCGACGGCGUCCCAAUAGGUCCAAACUGUACCCCCCCCGGUGAUCAACUGCCGCCGCCACCAAAGCCCACCGGCACAUUCACCAUUGACAUUCCCCUCGCGCGGCCCAGCGACGUCGGCGCCUCCACCUCGACGCUGCGGGACUCCCACGCCGCGUACCUGGACAACCUCUUUUCCCCUACCGACCCCAUCACCACCACCUCCUUCUCCUCCUCCUCUGCCUCUCCCUUUCCCUGGCCGGGGAGUAGCAGCAUCUCCUCCGAGGCCGCCUCCAGCCCGCACUCCUCGUCCUCGCCGCCGCCGUUCGACCCGUCAUGCCGGCCCAGCUUCAACAUUGCCUCGGCCGCAUCCCUCCUCGACACGUUUCGCGACGGCAUGCUCGGCUGGUGCCCGUGCGUCCUGGUGCCCGCGCACCUGUCGGUGCAGACGCUCGCGCGGACGCGGCCGUUUGUGCUGCUCGCCAUUCUCGCGGCGGCGGCCGCCGGCGCGCGCUCGCUGCGCGGCCACGCGCUCUACGACGACGAGUUCCGCAAGGUGUUUGCGCUCAAGCUUGUCGCCGGCGGCGAGCGCAGCGUCGAGCUCCUGCAGGGCCUGCUGGUCUACUGCCUGUGGUACCCCUUUCAUCUGCGCCCGCGCGUCAGGCACGUCUUUCAGUACACGCGCAUGGCCGCCGACCUCGUGCACGAUCUGCAGCUCGACGUCCAAGCCCACCGCGUUGACGAGCCCAUGACGCCAGAACGGCUCGACGCGAUCCGGGCCUACGUUGCCCAGUACUAUCUCUCCUCCUCCCGGGGCAGUUCCGUCCCGUUCACGGCGUGGACAGAGCGUUGCUGCCAGCUCCUCGUAGAGCACGCCGCGUGCCCCGGGGACGCCGUGCUCGCCUCGCUCGCGCGUCUAGGCCGCACCGUCCGGGAAGCGUGGGCCGCGGUCCGUGACGGCGCGGCGUCGUCCAACAGCAGUCUCGUCUUUCGCGGCCUGGAGGCGCAGUUUCAGGACCAGCAGGCCAGCCUCCCGCCUGCCGUGUCCAACACCUGUACUAUGCCUCCUCUCCCGGUUCGUCGCUUGUUUCCCGCAAAUGCUGACACACAAGCAGUGCCUAUCCGGCUACAAACGCUCUUUACGGAGUUCUUCCUCCUCGGCGGCUCCAUCCUCCGCAUGCCCACCUCCAAACCAAGUCCGCCCACCUCCUCCUCUGACCCCUUUCUCCCGACACCCGCCCGGCUCCGACGAUGCGUCGACGUUGUCGCGGAGUUCCUUGCGCUGCUGCGCACGACGAUGCUCGGUCCCCCCAGCAGCAGCAGCCUCGCGCACUUUUCCACCGGCGACUGGGGCCGGCUUGUGCUCGGCGUCGUCGUCGCCAUGCGCCUGUCGUUUCCGCUCGCCGAGUGUCCCGCGUAUGAUGAUGGUGCCUGGGCGCGCGACCGGCUCGGCUUCGUGGCGUUUCUCGAUGCCAUGACCGGCGGCGCGGCCGAUGGAGUGGUUCGGACAGGGGCGGCGAAACAGCAGCAGCAGCGUGUCGACGUCGUCUCGGCAAGCAAGGUCGUCUUGGCGGUCGUCAAGGAAAAGUACGAACAGCGGCUGGCGUUGCUGAUGCGCCGGCAGCAGGAGAUGGUGGACGCCGGGGAAGGGUGGGAUAAGGUCGUACUGCCCCGGUCCACGUGCCCGAUGCUGGACGGCUCGCUGGAUCGCUACUUUCCGCUCUGGGACGGGAGCGGUGCGCAGUCGGUGAGCGUCGCGCCGCAGUCGUUUGCAGAGGGCGAAGCCAGUGGUGAUGGUGACGCCAUGUUAGAUGCGUGGGCCGAAGAGCUGUUCGACUGGAUCGAGCCGAUGCAGGAUCUGCACUAA